CUGUGCGCACGGCGCCGUGUUUACAGCGAACGUAGCAGACUGCAGACUGACCGAGCGAGACCGUGCGUGUACCUGUGCAUUAAUCUGUCUAACCACGCUGCCCGUUUGGCUAUAUAUUGGCGAAAAGCACCGAGUUGCAAAAAAAAAAAAUCUUGACCGAAUUGGAUGCUUUGCAGUCCGACAUUACUUUUGCCAUCAGCGACGUCUACAACAACAAGGCGGUGUGUGUGAGCGUGUGAUGACCGGCUGAGGAGGAGGAGAAGGAGGUGGAGGAGAAGGAAGGAGGCUUCGGUCUGAAACCAGAUUUUGUCGUGAAUAUUUCCACAGAGACGUUGCGUCUUUCAGAUAACAGUGCUGUCCUUAAAUGCAGCGUGCCUCUGGAUGCUCUGCUUCACCUCGUUUCACCCCCAUUUUCAGACUCGUCUGAACCGUUUCAUGCUUCCCGGAGACACUGCAGCAGCAGGACAUUGAAGAUUUUUCCCCCCCUGUUGAUAUGGAGUGUGAAGAUGUGGAUUACGAUCACCGAGGAAUCCCCGCCGCUAGUUUAGCCGCCAUGCUUUCAUUAUACACGUCAAUGCAGCGCUGUGCUUGGCAGGGAUAGAGUGAGCUAUGAAUACGCGCUGUCUGGCCAGCGGGAUAAAACGGUGAUUUUUGGAGCACGACUGGACUCCAGUUAGGAAACGUGAGAGAGCAGCCUCGCUAGCGUCCUGGCGGUAGCUAUUAGCUCCAUUAGCCGGCUAACAGCUACAAGGUGCUGGUUGGAGAUUUUUUUUAAAAAAAGGGUGUUUGACCGCUGUGGCCGGGUUUUGCCCACAUCUCCAUCUUCGCAACUCAUCUUCCCGCGGGAUUGUUUGGUGAUUUUUUACGUGUACGGGGAUGAGGUCUCAAAUGGAAGGGAGCCGCUUGACCUUGUUUGGGGGUCUGAUGCUGGCUCUGUCCUCCUGCCUUCGGCCCGCCACCGCAGAGAUCUGCACUCCCAGCAUCGACAUCGGCAACAACAUAAGUGAAUUCAGACAACUGGAGAACUGCACAGUGGUGGAGGGCUACUUGCAGAUCCUUCUCAUAGGUGACAAAAGCAACAACAACUUCAACCAGGAAGUCUUCCGCACCCUCAGCUUCCCCAAGCUGACCAUGAUAACGGACUACCUGCUGCUGUUCAGAGUGUCAGGCCUGGACAGCCUGAGCACUCUCUUCCCUAACCUCUCUGUCAUACGCGGCCGUAACCUCUUCUACAACUACGCCCUGGUGAUCUUUGAGAUGACCAGCCUGAAGGACAUCGGCCUGUACAACCUGAGAAACAUCACCCGGGGGGCCAUUCGCAUUGAGAAGAACCCAGAGCUCUGCUACCUGGACUCCAUAGACUGGUCCCUCAUCAUGGAUGCAGAGUUCAACAAUUACAUCGCAGGGAACAAGCAGUCCAAAGAGUGCAGUGACGUUUGUCCAGGCAUCAUGGAAAACAAUCCCAUGUGCAAAAAGACCAUGUUCAACAACAAUUACAACUACCGCUGCUGGAAUUCCCAUCAUUGCCAAAAAGAGUGUCCUGAAAAGUGUGGAAGGCGAGCGUGCACAGCUGACGGUGAGUGCUGCCAUCCUCAGUGUCUGGGCAGCUGCUCACUUCCAGGCGACGACACUGCAUGCGCCGCAUGUGUGCAUUACUACCACAAUGGCAGAUGUGUGGCUGACUGCCCUCCAGGCACAUACAGGUUCGAGGGCUGGCGUUGCAUCAGUGCUGAUUUUUGCUCUAAAGUGCACCUCCCAGACUUCGACAUCUUCGUCAUCCACGGAGGAGAAUGUAUGCCUGACUGUCCAUCUGGAUAUACGCGAUCCACACCUGACAGCAUGUCGUGCACCGCCUGCGAUGGCCUGUGCGAUAAAGUUUGUGAUGGGAAGGUCAUCGACUCUGUGGAUGCUGCUCAGUCUCUCAAAGGCUGCACUGUUAUCAAGGGUGACCUGCAAAUCACCAUCCGCAGAGGCCAUAACAUGGUGGCAGAGCUGGAGAGUUUCACAGGUUUGAUCCAGAGGGUGACUGGUCAUGUCCGGAUCAGACAUUCACACACCCUGAGCUCACUGGCAUUCCUCCGAAGUCUGAGAUACAUUGAUGGAGAAAGCCUUCAUGAAGACACGUAUGCCUUCUCAGCAUUUGACAACCAGCAGCUCCAGUAUCUUUGGGACUGGAAGCAGCACAACCUGACCAUAAAAGCAGGCAAGCUGUUCUUCCGAGCCAACCCGAAGCUGUGUAUGUCCGAGAUCCGCAAGAUGUGGGAAAAGACGGGCGUCCAGGGCCACUUUGAAGAGAGAGACUUCCGAAACAAUGGCGACAGAGCCAGCUGUGAAAGCACCAUUCUGCGGUUUACAUCCAACACCACCAGCGACAAGAGGAUCAAGCUGACAUGGCAGCGCUACCGACCUCCUGAUUACAGAGACCUCAUCAGCUUUAUAGUCUACUACAAGGAAGCGCCGUUCCAGAACAUCACAGAGUUUGAAGGGCAGGAUGGUUGCGGUUCCAACAGCUGGAACAUGGUGGAUGUGGAACUGAGGCCGGAUAAAGAAAAAGACCCCGGGGUUCUUCUUUCCGGCCUGAAACCCUGGACGCAAUACGCCAUCUUUGUUAAAGCUAUCACCCUCAUGGUGGAAGACAAACACAUGCCCGGCGCCAAGAGCAAAGUGGUCUACAUCCGCACCAGCCCUGCUGCGCCCUCCAUGCCUCAGGAUGUGCGGGCCUACUCUAACUCCUCCACGCAGCUGAUGGUCCGCUGGUCGCCCCCUGUCUCACCCAACGGAAAUCAGACUUACUACUGGGUGAAGUGGCAGCAACAAGCUGAAGACAAGGAACUGUACCAGCAUAACUACUGCUCUAAAGAGCUAAAGAUCCCAAUUAGGAUUGCUGCCACUGGAGACAAAGAAGAGGAUACAAAACCCACUAAACCAGAUCCUGAUGGAGGAGAUAAGGGUCCUUGCUGCCCCUGCCCCAAAUCGCCAGAAGCCCUGGAGGCUGAAGCUGCUGAUGCCUCUUACCGAAAAGUCUUUGAAAACUUCCUACACAACACCAUUUUUACACCGAGGCCUCCAGAUCGGCGUCGCAGAGAUCUUUUUGGCAUCGCCAACUCCACCCGUUCGCGCCGCUUCCAUCUUUACGCCAAUAGCACUGCAAUUCCCCCCCCUCAGGGCGCUGGGAACGGCAGCAUCCCUGACCCAGAGCCAACCGAACAAGAGUACGAGGUCAUGGAUGACAAGGUGACCAACCAUGAGCUGCAGAUAACUGGCUUGGAGCCUUUCAGAGUUUACCGCAUCGACAUACAUGCCUGCAACAGGCAGGUUCAGCAGUGCAGUGCAGCCGAGUUCGUCUUCUCCAGGACCAAGCCAGCAGAAAAGGCUGAUGACAUCCCAGGCCCAGUGAGCUGGGAGGGCCAUGAGGACUGGGUGUUUCUGCGCUGGCCAGAGCCCAGGCAGCCCAAUGGUCUCAUCCUCAUGUACGAGAUCAAGUUCAAACUGGCUGCAGAGGCCGAGAAGCAUGAGUGUGUUUCUAGACAGCUCUAUCGCAGCCAGCAAGGCGUUCGUCUGACCAACCUCAGCCCUGGAAACUACUCCGUCAGGGUGAGAGCCACAUCACUGGCUGGCAAUGGCUCUUGGACCCCCACCCUGAAUCUCUAUGUUUCUGAAAGUUCUGAAAGCAUCUUCGCUAUGAUCUUUGUUCCAAUCUUGACCAUCGUCCUAAUCUGCGCUUUGGUGUUGGUGCUGGUGGUCUUCAACAGGAAAAGGAACAGCGAUCGGCUCGGGAAUGGAGUCCUGUAUGCCUCUGUCAACCCCGAGUACUUCAGCGCAGCAGAAAUGUAUGUCCCAGACGAGUGGGAGGUGGCCCGGGAGAAGAUCUCCCUCUGCCGGGAGCUCGGCCAGGGGUCGUUCGGGAUGGUAUACGAGGGCGUGGCCAAAGGUGUGGUCAAAGAUGAGCCGGAGAUCCUUGUCGCUGUAAAGACUGUAAACGAGUCAGCCAGCAUGAGGGAGCGGAUUGAAUUUCUCAACGAAGCUUCUGUUAUGAAGGAGUUUAAUUGCCAUCAUGUGGUGCGCCUUCUUGGUGUGGUUUCCCAAGGCCAGCCCACCCUGGUCAUUAUGGAGCUAAUGACGAGAGGAGACCUGAAGAGUUAUCUGCGCUCCCUGCGUCCCAAAGAGCAACAAGUUUCCAGCCUGUCUCUCCCGCCGCUGAAAAAAAUGCUUCAGAUGGCGGGACAGAUCGCCGACGGCAUGGCUUACCUUAAUGCCAACAAGUUUGUCCAUCGAGAUCUGGCCGCAAGAAACUGCAUGGUGGCUGAAGACUUCACCGUAAAGAUCGGAGACUUUGGCAUGACCAGAGACAUCUAUGAGACCGAUUACUAUCGCAAAGGUGGUAAAGGUCUGCUCCCUGUCCGCUGGAUGUCACCCGAGUCCCUGAAGGACGGCGUUUUCACCACCAACUCAGACGUCUGGUCAUUCGGGGUUGUUUUGUGGGAGAUAGCCACUCUGGCAGAGCAGCCUUACCAGGGUCUGUCCAACGAGCAAGUCCUUCGCUUUGUAAUGGAGGGAGGACUGCUGGAGAAACCACAGAACUGUCCAGACAUGCUAUUCGAGCUGAUGCGUAUGUGUUGGCAGUACAACCCUAAAAUGCGUCCCUCCUUCGUUGAGAUCAUAGGCAGCAUCAAGGAUGAGCUGGACCCGUCUUUCAAAGAGGUUAGUUUCUACUACAGUCCUGACAAUAAGCCCGCCGAAGCUCCACAGCUCCACCUGGAUAAACUGGACCACUCCACGGAUGCUCCCCUGGAACCUUCUUCGCAGCAGCAGAGUCCCCCAUCUCCAGGUUCAGAGGGGGCACCUGCCCCGUCACAAGCGCCCAGCUCCCCGUCCUCUCCCUGCACGUCGAGCGCAGUCAUGGACAAGCAGCCUUCGAGCCAGCAGGCGGCCAACGGACUCUCUGGGACUGGCCUUUCCGCGAGCUCGGGACCCACAGUGCGGCCAAACCUGGACGAAUUGCCGCCUUACGCACACAUGAACGGAGGACGCAAAAACGAGCGCGCCAUGCCUCUUCCACAGUCGUCUGCCUGCUGAUUGGGCAGAAACACGAACACCGUUCACCCACGGACCCGAAGAACCACAUGUCUGACUGAGUGAUUUUCUUUUUUCUUUCUUUGUUUGAAUCACAGUGAAAUCUUCUCAACAGGAUAUGGAUGUGGAUAUUUUGAGACUUGCAUAAAGAUGGAAAAAACUUUAAAAGAGUUAAUGUCCUGCUGUAUGGCCGCACACUUUUUUUCUCUUUUUUUUUUAUCUUAAAUAAUCUAGUCUGAAUUUCUACCAGCUGGCUGUUAUUUGUGACACCGCUCCUGCUGCUGAGUGGAAAGACCAAAAAGAAGAAAAAAAAAGAAAAAAAAAUCUUCAGUAAAAUAAGAAAUUAUAAAAAAAAAUAUUUUGAGGGUAGUUAUUUCACUCUCUCUGUGGCUAAACUUAUUUUAUAAAUUGUUAUUUGUUACUUUUUGAUGUUUCUGAAUGAGGAAACAAAACGUGUAGGCCUUUAUAAAUAAUCAGCGUUGUUUGUGUGCUUUUGAGCGGGCAUUAUGGUGGAAACAUUAAGCAUAUCUAAAGAUUAACAAGCUCCAUAACGAGGUUGCCAGUUGGUCGUUUCUGAAUCCGGCUGCUGUGAGGGUCGAACGUCAGCAUAAUGCCGGGUCAAAAGCCAAUCCGCUGAAACAAACAAUUGGAGAACAGUCAGCUCUACCAAAUCUGUUGCCAAACUCUUCUGCUUUCACAUUUUCUUAUCCUGUUGCUCCUCAAAAUGCAGUCGCGAAAAUGGAAGGAGAAAACAAACAAAAGCACUUUGAUCUUCCACCACAUCAUUCAUUUAGAAGCCAGGCGGGCGUCAACUUUCCUCAACCGUCCUGCUCGGUUUUUCUUGUGCUGACUGUGAUCUGCAGUUUCGCCACUCCGUCAGAUCCCUGCGCAGACUUCAGUCCCGUCAGUUUACCUGAAAUCGCCAGCUGCCACAAAGUGCUGUUACGUUGGGGUUUAACAGUGAAUCGCGUAGCAAAAUAUAUACGACAAAACACACACAAAACAGGAAAGAACUGCAGAGGACGAGCAGUCAAGAGGAGAACAUGAACGCCAGAUCUGUUCAUUUGAGUUUUCCCCAAGGUCAGAGGCAUCCUUGUUGUACACAAACAGGUAUUUUUUUACACUUGUAAAUACUUGCCAACAUUUACAUCUCUACAUGUGCAGAGCAUUUAUGUACAAACCAGUUGUUUUUUCACUUUUCUAACUUUUAUAAGGUCAAAACUUUCAUCAUGUACAGAAAGAAGCUGCUAUUCCUUGUUUCUC